AUGGCGGCGCCCGCUCUGCGUCCGUUGGCCGUCCUUAGCGCUCGUUGGACCCGAUUCGCGGCUUCCGAGGGGCGGCGGCGGACGCUCCACGAAAAGCCAGCGGACCCCGAAGUGAAGCCGGCCCCCCGCGUGGGGCUGCUGGCGGCUCAGCACGCGCGGGGCCGCUUUCAGGAGAUCUUCCCGCCUCAGGCGGCCGAGGAGCAGCUGGUCGACCUCCUCCAGCCGGGCCGCCCGCCGGUGACGGUGUACUGCGGCUUCGACCCGACGGCCGAUUCGCUCCACGUUGGCCACUUGCUGGCUGUCCUGGGCCUGCUGCACUUCCAGCGCGCCGGCCACCAUGUCAUCGCCCUGGUCGGGGGCGCCACGGCACGCCUGGGAGACCCCAGCGGCCGCACCAAAGAGCGCGAGCCCCUGUCGGAGGAGCGCGCCCGCGAGAACGCGCGCGGGCUGGGCGAGGGGCUGCGGCGGCUCUUCCAGCACCACCGCCAACUCUUCUGGGACGGCGGCGGGGCGUCCUUGGGCGAGUUCACUCUGCUGGACAAUGCCGACUGGUGGGAGCGCGAGCCCGUGGUGGGCUUCCUGGGCACGGUGGGGGGGCAUCUGCGCAUGGGCACCCUGCUGAGCAGGCAGAGCUGCAAGGCGCGCCUCAACAGCCCCGAGGGCAUGGGCCUGGCCGAGUUCCUCUACCCGGCCCUGCAGGCCUACGACUUCCUGCACCUGUACCGCCACCAUGGCUGCAGCAUCCAGCUGGGAGGAGCCGACCAGAUGGGUAACAUCAUGUCUGGCUACGAGCUGGUCUCCAGGGUGACAGGCGAAGAUGUGUUUGGAAUAACCGUACCUCUUAUUACAAGUACUGCUGGAAGCAAACUGGGAAAGUCUGCUGGUAAUGCAGUUUGGCUUAAUAGAAAUAAGACCUCUCCUUUUGAACUGUAUCAAUUUUUUGUCAGACAGCCAGAUUCCAUUGUAAAAAGAUAUCUGAAGCUUUUCACUUUCCUCCCUCUUCCGGAAAUCAAUCAUAUUAUGGAAAUGCAUGCUAAAGAACCUGAGAAGUGGGGACCCCAGAAGCGUCUUGCUGCUGAAGUAACUAAGCUUGUUCAUGGCAAGGAAGGUCUGGAGUCUGCUAAGAGGUGUACAAGGGCUCUUUAUUAUAGCAAUACAGAUGCGCUGGAGUCUAUGUCUGAUCUGGAAUUACAGGAGCUCUUCAGAGAAGCACCUUAUGUUGAAUUGCUGUAUGAACCUGGAACAACAGUACUUGAUCUGUGUCAGAAAGCCAAUGCUGUGGCAGAUGGGGCAAGGGGGUAUCGUGACAUAACGAGUGGUGGAGUUAGUAUAAACCACAUGCAAGUAACUAAUCCCGAUGCUGUUCUUAUUGUGGGCCAACAUAUUCUCAAUAAUGGCUUGUCGCUCCUUAAGAUUGGAAAGAGAAACUACUAUAUUAUAAAAUGGCUUCAGUUGUUACAAGAGGAGUCAUGCUAGCCCAUUGAAGACAGCUGCAGUUGCGUCACAUCCUGAAAAUUAAGUUGACCUUUUUGAAUUUCAACGCAUCACAUAACUGACUCUGGAACAGCAGGACGCUUGUGGUGUGAGUUGCCUAUUCUCACCAUGUGAGACUGUCUAAGUUCCGUCAGUAAGAUGGGUGAUCUUUUGUAUUUCAUAUUUAAUCAUGUUUAAAAAAAAAUUCAUUAAAAUGUCACCACUUAACAGAAUUUGUUGUAAAUGUUGAUAAAGAGAAAGGGAAAUUUGUUUGUAAUAAAUACAUCUUAAGACAUUAAUACAAGCAAUGACCUGAUUCUGUAAGCUUUAACAGUUUGGAUUUAUCUUAAAUAUUGUGAGUUAUAUAUGUUUGAUUGAUCUCUCUUAAAAAUAUAUUGAGAGUUCUUGGAAAA